AUGGCAAGGCUUCGAAGAAAAGCAUGCAUUGCACUUUUCUUAUUCAUGCUUUUCAUAUUUGGAACAAUGAUGGGCUUGCGAACUUUGAAACCCACUGAUGGUUUUCUGACCUUGCACCUGGUCUGGAGCUAAUGCCUUUUGGUGAACAAUCUGAAAGACGCUCUGUUUCUAAUGAAGUUAUUUCCCAACCACAAGGUACUGCAAAUGCAGUGGACCAAACAAAAGUCUACUAUGAUCUGCAUGUUUUCUACUACAUGUGGUAUGGAAACCCGAAGUUUGAUAAUAAUUAUAUCCACUGGGAUCACGUAAUGGUUCCUCACUGGGACCCCAAAAUAUCUGCCAGUUACCCUAAAGGUAGACACAGUCCUCCAGAAGAUAUUGGUUCCAGCUUCUACCCUGAAUUAGGACCAUACAGUUCCAAAGACCCAGAGGUCCUAGAAGAACAUAUGCGACAGCUCAGAGCGGCUGCUAUAGGAGUGUUGGUAUUGUCUUGGUAUCCACCUGGAACAGCAGAUGAAAAUGGGGAGUCAGUGGAAAACUUGGUGCCUCUAGUCCUGGAAGCUGCUCACAGAUACAACAUAAAGGUAGCAUUUCACAUUCAGCCGUAUAAAGAACGUGAUGAUCGUACACUGCAUGAUAACAUUAAAUACAUAAUUGACAAUUUUGGAUCCCAUGCAGCGUUUUAUAGAUAUAAAACAAGUACCAGCAAAAGCCUUCCACUUUUCUACAUUUAUGAUUCAUAUCUGACUCCACCUGAGUCCUGGGCGAACUUGCUCACUGUGACUGGUUCCCAUUCAGUUCGCAACACUGCCUAUGAUGCAGUCUUCAUUGGUUUGUUGGUAGAGGAAGGACAUAAGCAUGAUAUCCUAACAGCUGGUUUUGAUGGCAUUUACACAUACUUUGCCUCCAAUGGAUUCUCCUUUGGUUCCUCACAUCAGAACUGGAAAACAAUCAAAAGUUUUUGUGAUACCAACAAUCUUAUGUUUAUUCCAAGCGUUGGACCUGGGUACAUCGACACCAGCAUCAGGCCAUGGAACAACCACAACACCAGGAACAGAGUCAAUGGAAAGUAUUAUGAGACUGCUCUACAGGCUGCUCUCACUGUUCGUCCGGAAAUAGUUUCUAUCACAUCUUUCAAUGAGUGGCAUGAAGGAACCCAAAUUGAGAAAGCUGUGCCAAAGAAAACAGCAACUCGUCUCUAUCUAGACUACCUGCCCCACCAGCCAGAUCUCUACCUUGUUCUUACAAGGAAAUGGGCAGAACAUUUUAACAAGGAGAAAGAGCAGUGGCUUAUGUGA